AUCAUGAAUGGUAUGCCGGAGCCUGUCCGGGAUCAAAAUAACAAACGCCAUCCAUAAAUUCGUACGCACGCAUAUCCAUGUCCAUGCUUGGACGAGAGACAUGUCACGAUGGCCGAGGAGUGCCACCGCGAAGAAGAGGGAAAGCAGCAGCAGCAUGAGCACGACACUUUGAAAUAUUCGCUGCUGGGGCCGUCGCUCACCAAGUCGGGCCAGGACGGCGUGGACCAGACAGCGGUGUCGGAAAUCAUCUACCAGGCCAGCAAAGGCAGCAAGUACUUCGCCAACGAGGAGAACCGGGACAAGACGCUCACGCUCAAGAUCAACAGCCUCCUGGCCAAGAAGCGGGAGCUGCAGCGCAUCGAGAUCCAAGGCGGCCUGAAGAAAGAGAUGAAAAGGGCGGACGACUACAUCGCAGAGCUCGAGUGCAAGCGCGACCUGUCGCAGACUCUCGUGCACAUUGACUGCGACGCCUUCUACGCCGCCGUCGAGGAGCUGGACAAUCCCGACCUCAAGAACGUGCCCUUCGCGGUCGGCAAAGGCGUGCUUACCACAUGCAACUACGAGGCCAGAAAGUAUGGCUGUAGAAGUGGCAUGGCAGGCUUUGUGGCCGACAAGCUGUGCCCCCAGCUCAUUCAUGUCCCACUCAAUUUUGAGAAGUAUACUGCCAAAGCCAGGCAAGUUCGCGCUGUUCUCGAGCAGUACGACCCACGCUUCGAAAGUGCAUCGAUCGACGAAGCCUAUUUGAACAUCACGAAAUAUUGCCAAGAUCACAACAUGGACCCAGAAGAUGCUGUUAGCCAGAUGCGAGAACAGGUGUUCCAAGAGACCAAAAUCACAAUCUCGGCUGGCAUCGCAGCCAAUGCCAAGCUGGCAAAGAUUUGCAGCAACAAGAAUAAGCCGAACGGACAAUUCAAACUUCCUUCGGAGAGGACCACAAUAUUGAGCUUCAUGCGAGACUUGCCAACGCGCAAGGUAAACGGCAUUGGACGCGUGCUAGAACGAGAACUGGAUGCCAUUGGGGUCAAGACAUGUGGCGACAUAUACUCCCAUCGCCAAUACAUUAAUCGACUCUUUGGCGAAAAGGCGUUUGAAUUCUUGAUGGGCGUGUAUCUUGGUCUUGGACGAACUGAUGUCAAGCCGGCCGAAGAGCAUGCUCGCAGAAGCGUGGGCACGGAAAGCACGUUUCACGACAUGUCCGACCCGCAGGAGCUCCGCGACAAGCUAAGGCGUACCGCGGAAUCACUCGAAGAGGACCUCAAGCGAACCGAGUUCAAGGGACGAACGCUCUGUCUAAAGGUCAAGCUGCAUACGUACGAAGUCUUCACAAGGCAAGUACAACCGCCCAAAGCAGUCUUCACCGCCGAUGAGCUGUAUAACUACAGUCUUCCCAUGUUGCAGAAACUGGAGAAGGAGUAUCCGGGAAUGAAGCUCCGACUGAUGGGCCUGCGUUGUACACAUCUCGUUUCAAUGAAAAAGGCCGAUCUCGAUUUCUUCGGUCGGGCGCGACAACUCAAUACCCCCAACCCUCCGCAGGACAGUAAGUCUGGAGUUGAGCUUGACGAAGACGGCUGGCAGAAAUGGCCCGAUGCGGAGUUUGAGGAUGCGGCGCGUGAAGAACGCCAGCAGGACUUACGCGAUCUCGAACAGCUCUCCCAAGAAUAUGCGGAGAGGGCGUCAAAAGACCCGCCUCCCGACGAUGCCAAGACAUUCCUACAAUCCAAAGGCAUCGGCGUGGGGAACGACUACACUCGCUACGGAAACGGCUUCGCUUGGCGUGCACUUCUUGAAGCAGAAUCUCAGAAGGAAGCAGAAGCCAGCCCGCCGAAGAAGCGGAUUGAGCAAUGGAACUGUCCCAUUUGCUCUCUGCCGCAAGUCGUUGAUGAGAGGAAGUUCAACGAGCAUAUCGAUGGGUGUCUCUCGCGGCAGACCAUCAAGGAGAUUGUCCAGCAGGGUUCGUCGACGCCGGAGAGAAAAAGCGCACCGCCCUUGUCGCAAGCGAGCACGGCGAAGAAACGAGGGAGACCUGCUGCCGUUACCAAGAGCGAGAAGAGUAGCGGGGAAAAGAGAUCCAAGACGUCUUUCUUCACCUGAUGAUCAAUACCCCAGGUAUAGGUAGAAAGAAGAAAGAACCGACUGCUGGAAUUUGAAGCCAA